CACACUGACAGUGCUUUGUCCCUCACUGUUAAUCAUGGACCUAAUCAUGCACACUUGUUUUCACUAUCACUGAUGGAGCAGAUCAGCACCAACAUCAGAGUGUGAGCUGGCUUGAGAGAGAUGUCGUCCCCGGGCAUGGGCACCCCCACUGACCCCCUUUUGGCCAGUCCAGGGGGGAGGUUAUCCACAGCUCAGGAAGGUAUCUGGAGGAGCUCACUCCCCAAAACUGCCAGCUUCCCAACGUCCACCACUCGACACCUGAGUCACAGAGCCAACAACUUCCAAAGACAGCCCAAGCGUCGGAAGCUGAUAAGACCUUCUCCACCUCCGCCGCCCAACACACCCUGUCCCCUGGACCAGCUGGACCUCAGUGAACUUCCCCCGAGACGUACCUUCCAAGAGCUACUCUUCAAUGGCUGCAUCCUGUUUGGUAUUGAAUUUAGCUAUGCCAUGGAAACAGCUUAUGUGACUCCUGUGCUUCUACAGAUGGGCCUGCCUGAUCAAUUCUACAGCUUGGUGUGGUUUAUUAGCCCCAUACUGGGAUUCCUCGUUCAGCCUCUCAUAGGAGCAUGGAGUGAUCGAUGCACAUCCCGGUUUGGGCGAAGGAGACCUUUCAUUUUUGCCUUGGCUAUAGGGGCUUUGGUUGGUCUUACCCUGGUGCUGAAUGGGCGGGACAUUGGAGGUGUUCUGGCUGACACAGCUUUAAAUCACAAGUGGGGAAUUGUCCUGACAGUGUGUGGUGUGGUUUUGAUGGACUUCAGUGCUGAUUCAGCCGACAACCCGAGCCAUGCCUACAUGAUGGACGUGUGCAGCCCAGAAGACCAGGAUCGGGGGCUGAACAUCCAUGCAUUGCUGGCAGGACUAGGAGGUGGAUUUGGCUACAUUGUGGGUGGCAUCAACUGGGACCAGACACAAUUUGGAAGGUUGAUGGGAGGUCAACUGCGGGUCAUAUACUUGUUUACGAGUGUCACUUUGGUGAUCGCCACAGCCAUGACUCUGAUGAGUAUCCCUGAACGGCCCUUACCAAAGAGCCAGCCAAACAAAAACUCCAGCAAAAACGUUCUGAAGAGCCCCAGCCUGCCUCUUCCUCCCUCUCCUCCUGUUCCCCCAGGAUCAGGUUUUGGACUGGAUGAGGAAGACGAGGAUGGUCUUUAUAGCUACAAUUUCUCAAAAUCUCACCCUCCCGACCCUCUAGCCCAUUCUUGUAGUGCCAAUGCAUGCCUCUGUGCCGGCCUCACAAGCCCAAUAUCGCCACUGAGCCCCCUCACUCCAAAAUAUGGCAGCUUUAUAAGUAGGGACAGCUCGCUCACAGGUAUCAAUGAGUUUGCCUCCUCGUUAGGAACCUCCUAUAUAGACAGUGUGCUCAUAGACUGCUAUACAGGUCAGCAGACACCACAGGCCCUGGCCCCCAAUUCCACCACCACGCCCCUGCCCCCAGGGGACUCCCCACCUCCUGAAGAGUCCACACAGGGGGCAGGGAGUCAUCCUGUAGGACAGACCCAGGCCGAUGUGGUAUCUCAUCCAGCUGGAGAAGCUCAGGAUGCAGAAGCGCCCCAGCCCAAGGGAGAUGCACAAUCUCAUGGAGCAUCUCAGGUCACGGCUGGAGCUCAGCCUGGUGCAGGGUCACAUCGAGGCUCCACUGCUGGUAUCCUGAAGCGACCCCAGAGUCUUGCACUGAUGGAGGAGCCCAUGGCAACACAGAUAGUUGGGCUGGAGAAUGGACGCAGGAGAACAGUGACCUUCAGCCAGCAGGUUGCAAACAUUUUGCUGAAUGGGGUGCGCUAUGAGAGUGAUCUGAGUGAGAAUGCGGAGACAGGAGAAUCCCAAAUGUCAAUGAAGUUGCUGUGUAUAGCCAUCUACAGGAUGCCUCCCUCUCUGCGGAGUUUAUGCACUAAUCAUUUUUUGGGCUGGUUGUCCUUUGAAGGCAUGCUGCUCUUCUACACUGACUUCAUGGGGGAGGUUGUGUUUGAGGGAGACCCCAAAGCACCCCACGACUCUGAGGCCUACCAACGCUACAAUGCUGGUGUUAGCAUGGGCUGCUGGGGCAUGUGCAUCUAUGCAUUCAGUGCUGCUUUCUACUCAGCCAUAUUGGAGAAACUAGAGGAGCGUUUCUCUCUUCGCACUCUAUAUUUUUUUGCCUACUUGGCGUUUGGUUUGGGCACAGGUCUUGCCACACUAUCCACCAACCUCUAUGUGGUACUUUCUCUCUGUGUCACCUAUGGGGUCCUCUUCUCCUCUCUAUGCACGCUGCCUUACUCUCUGCUGUGUGAAUACUACCAGAGCCCUCAGUUUUGUGGCUCAUCAGAGGACGGCACCAGACGAGGUAUGGGGGUGGACAUCUCUCUGCUCAGCUGUCAGUAUUUCCUGGCUCAGAUCCUAGUCUCUGUGGCGAUGGGACCUCUGACCUCACUGGUGGGUGGGGCCCAGGGAGUGAUGUACUUUGCAAGCCUGAUGUCAUUCGUGGGCUGCCUGUACUCCUCUCUCUGCGUGGUGUACCAGCUGCCCCCCCCUGAGGGUGAGCCCCCCGAAAGCGAGACCCAGCCACUAUUGGUGCACAUUUAGAAAAGCCUCUUAAUUUACGUUACCUCACACACACUCAACGGCACACGCUCUCACACUGUUGCUUAGUGUCUGAGUGUGUUGACCUUCACUACCCUGAUAGGACAAACAUACUGAACAUCCUGCCGCACACUGUACAGCACAGCUCCAUAUAUUGUUCCAGAUUAAUCAGCACUGCUCUUCUCAGAGCUAGACAGACAGACAGACAUACAUUGGCCACUGCUCUAAUAUGUGUAUACAUGACCAGUGUGUUCAUACAGUGUGUGUGCCCAUGCAUUUUUUUCCUAACUUUUACAAACGAAUGUGUGACCUUUUUGAGUGCAGUGUGGGACAAAUGGAUUUGUGUGUGUAUGUGUGUGUAUUUGCGAGAGAGAGAGACUGUGAGUGACCUCUUUGAGUAUAGAUAAGCUGUUCUUGUGUCUGAUUCUUUGCUGUAAAAUCUUGCAUCAUCUUUUCUUGCUUGUUGGUGUUUAGUAUAGAAAUGUUGAUCACUACAGACAGGCUAACCACAGCUUUCCCCUCUGUUUCUUCCUUUUAUCAGUUGCCUAACUUCUGCAUGAGCUGCUGUAUAAUCUGUCAAAGCCUUGUGUUAACGUUUUGUUUUGGUCAUACGGCCAAGGGAAUGUCUACCUGCCUGUUUCUCUGAGUUAGCAUAUAAGAAUCAUACCUUAAGCAGGAAUUUCUGACUAACUGAAUGUGCUGCCGGUGACCACUCAUACUCACUGUUAAUGCUUCUCUUUUAAUACAUCAGCUCUUUUUGCAUAAUUUCGCAGACACAUACUUAAUAUUCGUGUGAAGCUGAACAGUGCUUAAUCACAGUUACAGUCUUGAAAAGCUCCACAUUGUUCACAUUUAAGCUGCAAGUAAAAACAACACUUUCCACACUAUCCAGUGACUAUGAGACUUAACCAGUGUGCUAUGCCCAAAUUUCACUGUUUAGUGCUGGGUGACUCUAAAUCAAGUGUCACCCCAAGUAUGGGUUCAAUGCCACUUAAUUACUUAAUCAGCACAGAGCCAUGACUAAUAGGAUGACACACAUAUACUCACUCAUAGAUGAACUUCGAAAAACACAGAGAAAUGUGUGCUGGUGGCAAAUUCUGUCUGGGCCCUCACUAAGCCAUUGACAGCCCUGUGAGCUGUCACCCUACUCCUGGCAAAACCAUUGUAAUAAUGACAGUGAUUCUUGUCAUUAUCAGGAAGAGGAGAAGUUGAAACUGGGGUGUGAUUCAGCAUUCAGUCGGAAACGGAACAAAACAGAAGAACAGCAAACAGAGAGAAGACUCAUAUGAACUAUGGGUAACCCUGAAGGUGGACAGCAGUGAAAGAAAAGACUGUGGGGGCUCAUAGAGCCAGCAGCAAGUACUUAUUGUCAUCAUUGGGGUGCAUGCUUAAGGUAGUAGGUUUCUGCUCCACUGAGCUCAGCCCGUCAACUCAGUAUAGUGAUGACCUUACAUUUCUUGGCAAAGCUCCUCACAAAAUUACCAAACUUCAUACCUUUUCCAUCCUAAAAAAAAGCCAUCUUCAUUAGCAAAAACUACAUAUGAAUUAUUUUUUUACAUCUGUUGUGCCAUGGCAACCAGUAUGCUUUAUCUGUACAGCCUCAACACAGACACCAAGCUUGACUGCAGGGCUUUAACAUGAGGUAAACUUCAGUAUAUAACCUGUUUUAAGCCUAUCAUUGUCAUGGUUUCAUCUACUGGGUCACACAUUGAGUGCCCAAACAUUAUGGAGCCGCUCAUAAUUGCUGCCUCAGCAGAAUGUCAACAAUUGCCUACGAUUAAAGCCUCCCAGACUGACUGUAUGCACACCUUUCUAACGUUUCUGAGGAAACUGUAAUUGUAUGGAUCAUGCUGUUGCAGCUUGUUGAGAGAAAAAAAAAAAAAAAGUUUUUGUGUUACAUGGUACCACCUAUUGCUCAAUAUUAGCAGUUACUGUAAAAGCUACUUUUAUUCAGGGUUCAGUUAAAACUAAAAUGACCAUUUUGCCA